AAAAAACGGGUAUGAAAAGAAUUGCCUUUGGAUUGUUAUGUAUAAUAUUAGUGACAGCUAGCAGCAAUGUGAUGCUAUAGACAGCUGAUCACAGUGCAUUCAGUGAAGUGUUCGAAAAUUAUGUAAUGAGUGUAGAUUUAAUAGGGAACAGUCAAAACAAAGUGAAUUUGGUGGUAAAUUAUUUGGAGAGCUAUUGAUAAUGGUUUAGAAGGGUGAAACACUUUAGAGUUUAAAUGAUCAUGUUGAAGAAUUGAUAAAGCAUUUAUCAGAUGAUGAAUCAGAGGAUGAGAAAUACUUUAAUGAUAAAUAGUCAGAAAUGGAAGCUGGAAUGCAAGGUUUAGUAACUGAGGUGGAAGAGUUACGAGUAUCAGUUGAAUAGACAGCAAGUAGGAUUUAAGUAUUGAAUAACUAAUAAUCAAUAAUUGAUGGUUUAUUUGCAAAUGAUUAAACAGCAUAUUAAAAGAGAGUUGGUGAUUAGAAUUCAAUUUUGGAUGUGAUAGGAUAAUUAUUACUUCGUGUAAGUUAAUUACUUUAAGGUGGUGGACAUAGUUUGAUAGAGAAAGAUAACUUAUUGGAAGAAAUAAAGGCUUUAGGAAGAGGAAAGCAUAUUGAAGUGUUGGCUUAAGUAAUAGUUAAUAGUUUAGAUAUAGAUUACAGCUCAUUUACAAUUAGAAUAAGUAGAACAUAUUCAGGAAUUGCUUAAUAGAUUAAGGGAUGCUGUUCUCAACAGUUUGGCUAUUGAUGAAGAAAAAGAAUAAGAGAAUAUUAGAUUAUACAAUAAGUUAAGUGCAGAAAUUAGAAGGUAAUUGAAUUAAAUAUAUAUAUUAUUAGUUCAUUAGCUGAGACAACCAGAUAACAUUAAGAAUUAGAUGCUCAUUUCCAAUAGAAGGAAUAAGAAUUAAAUUUAAAGAAAUUAGAUGUUCGUGAAGUCGGAGAGAAAUUAUAAGACAGAAACGAUUAGAGGUGAAUUACUACAUAAAUAUGAAUAGAUAAUUUAUAUUGGAUAGAGUCGAAGAAGCAUAAGAAUUACUUAAUGAUAAUUUGGAUAGAAUAGCUAGAUGGUCGAUUGAAAGCGAAUGAACAUCAUUU